GUUAAACCGAACGAGGCGGCCUUAAUCAGAGGAAAGGGCGGCUUCAAAACAGACGCGUUAGAACGCGAUAGGGAUAGGAUCCCUUGGUGUCAGCCUCUGCCACCACCUGCCCCACGACACAGCUGAGAAGGAGGCGAUUCCCUGUCAACGCCCUCGCCCCGUGAAAGAACGUUAAUCGUGACGUCAGCAAGAGCAGGAGCUUUCUGGGAACCCUGGUGCGGCUACCGCAACCGGAGUGGACCAUGCUGUGCGCGGGGGGAGCGCGCGCGCAGUGAACUAAGUCCAGCCGAGGCUUUCCCCCGUGGAAAGUCGCGUUUCCAUACCCCUGCUUCAGACGUUAGUCGACGCACGUCUGUUUAAUCGAAGAGCGUGGCUGGGAGAAAGACCUGCAGGGCUUUUUUGCGGGCGGGGAAGAAGAGGCGACUCGCACUUCCCGCACCCCCCUCGCUUGCACUUGGGAGCGGCCCGCUUGCGUCAGUGCCGGCUGGAGGCGUGAGCAGCCCUUUUGCUGCUUGAGUUCCCGUCCGCUGCAGUGAGCGCUGCCCGCGUGGUUGUGCUGAACAGACUAGCGAGCUCUCAUCCUCCUGGGAUUUCCCUUCCAGUAACUGCUACGGCUCUUUUUCCAAGGCGAGUGUCUCUUCUCCGGCUCCGUCAGGCAAGAAGAAGCCGGCGAGGCUACGCAGCAGGUCAGCUCGGCUUUUUCGUCUUCCCGGGGAGGCUUUCCCCCGGUUCUUCCGUCGUCCUCGUCUGGUCUACCGAAGGUAGCGUUAUUAUGUAUCAGAGCCCUGCCCGCUCCCUGUGUUCGGCCCUCUCUAACCUCUGCUGUGCUCCUUCCUCCGCCACCUCCUCGACCCGGCUGCUUCGAUCUCCGGCCCCGGUGAAGAGAGCCCUCUCUCCGCCUGCCCUCCUGGCCUCUUCCUCCGCCGCUGCCCCCCAUUGCGGUUGUUCUGCAGCUGUCAGUUCCGGGGCGGCGAAUUCUCAAGCAGUGUAUUCCAUGGGCAACAGUACAAGCAGGCUAUAUAGCACUCUUGCAAAGACGUGGAGUACUGGUGUCGUCUCCAAACAUCAGGAAUAUCUGGAACAGACAGAUCCUGACCUCCUGGAUCCCAUAGAUCCCAAGGAUCUGCUUGAAGAAUGCCAGAUUGUUCUUCAGAAACGCCCUGCCCGGCUCCAAAGAGACUUUGUGAACCUAAGGACCAGCUUUGCCAGAAACCACCAACCCAUUAGGGUCAUGCAGUGGAACAUACUUGCACAAGCUCUCGGGGAAGGCAAGGACAACUUUGUUCAGUGCCCAAUGGAAGCUCUGAGGUGGGAAGAAAGGAAAUGCCUCAUUCUAGAAGAGAUCCUUGCGUAUCAGCCGGACAUCAUGUGCCUACAAGAAGUGGACCACUACUUUGAUACCUUUCAGCCACUACUCAGUCGGCUGGGCUACCAAUGUACUUUCUUCCCUAAGCCAUGGUCUCCCUGUCUAGAUGUGGAGUGUAACAAUGGGCCUGAUGGCUGUGCCUUGUUCUUUCUUAAGGACAGAUUUACUCUCAUUAACAGCACCAACAUCAGGCUGACUGCAAUGAAGCUAAAAACCAACCAAGUUGCCAUUGCUCAGACCUUGAAAUGUCACGAAACUGGCAAACUAUUCUGCAUUGCUGUUACACAUUUGAAAGCUCGCAACGGCUGGGAGAGAUUUAGGUCUGCACAAGGGUCCGAUCUUCUUGAGAACCUGAAAAGGAUCACCCAAGAAGCAGAGAUCCCACUCAUUGUCUGUGGCGAUUUCAACGCUGAGCCCACUGAAGAGGUGUACGAGGAAUUCUCAAACUCCAGCCUGAACUUAAACAGUGCUUAUAAGCUGCUGAGUACUGAUGGACUGUCAGAACCUUCAUACACAACAUGGAAGAUCCGUCCCUCUGGAGAGUGCAAGCACACACUGGAUUACAUUUGGUAUUCACAACAUGCCUUAAAAGCAAAUGCUGCUCUCAGUCUCCUGACUGAGGAACAAAUUGGACCCAACAGGCUACCAUCUUUCAAUUACCCCUCAGACCAUCUGUCUUUAGUAUGUGACUUCACAUUUAAUGAAGAUCCCGACAGGCUUUUAUAGAGAGGUGGAAAUAGUUGGAUGUAUGAGUGUGGGCUUUUAAAAAAAUAUAUACAGUGUUUAUGCAGUGGCCUUUUAAAAUGGGCUCCUGAAGACUUUGGGAGAUUAUGAAUGGAGAACUAAUGGUUUUAUUUUCAACUAUAUCCUUGGAAGAUACUUGUCAUUGAACACCUUAUUGUGACAGUAAAAAACAAAACCUGACUAGUUAUUUGAGGCAUGCUUCAUCUUUUUGCCAUCUCCGGGUUUGAAGACGUUCUGCUCUUAUUUCCUGUGUUGGGAGGACCAAUUUGAUAACAAAUGAUACAGAUCUUCAUUCUAAGACCUUGAGGUCAUUUACCUAGAGCAGUGCCCCAUACACAGUGGCAGCUUGUGGCUCUAUGUCAGUGAAAUCCACUUUGGGUUUUAGUCCAAACUUUCAAGAUGUCCAAGGUGCUUUACUUCCACUGACAUGGAGCCACCAGCUGCCACUGCCUGUUCAUACUUAGCACGGUUACCCUGUAUGCAAACACUGUGGGCCAAAAGGGUAGAAUGCACAAUAGGGUAGUUUUUCCAUACUGCAGUGAACAUUGUGCUGAAUGACCAAAUUUUGGUAGUGUAACACCUUUUAUUUUGGAUUUGUAAAGGACUAUAUAACACAAAUGUAAGUUAAUUAAAAUAUUCCAGAACUUGCACUGAA